AUGCCUAACCUGGGCGGUCCGCGUGAGAAAGUUAGGAGGCUCUACGCCAAUGUUGUGAGCUCGAUAGCGCUGUAUGGAGCCCCAAUAUGGUCGGUCGCCCUGUCGAAGAACAGGAAAGCCAUCGCGGUGCUGAGUAAAACUCAGCGCCGCAUGGCGAUCAGGGCGGUCAGGGGCUACAGAACCAUUUCCCACGCGGCAGCCACGUUGAUGGCCGGGAUGCCCCCAAUCGAGAUGAACGCCCGUGCCCACGCUCGAGUUUACGAGCAGGUGGCGGAGCAAAAGGCAAGGGGCAUCCCGGUGCCCAAGAGGGGGAGGAGGCUCCUCAGCCUCCGCAUCAAAGAGGAAGUGAGGGAGGAGUGGCGAACAUGGCUUGCCGACCCGAGGCGUGCAGGCCAGAGGACGAUACAGGCCAUCCUCCCUCACUUAGACGAGUGGGUAGAACGCUCAUGGACACGGGCGUCCUAUAGAACAACGCAGGUGCUCACCGGGCAUGGGUGCUUUG